AUGUCAUUUUCUAGAGGAGUACAAGCUCUGACGAGAAGAGGAAUUCAUUCUUCAACUCAAACUUCAUUCUCUGCAUCGAAAUCAGCCACACAGCAAGCUGCACAAGUUGCACAAGCCAGCAGCAGCUACGUUGAGGGCACCGUCAACGACCCAACGAAAUUCCCACCACCAAACUCAGCUCACGGUAGCUCUCACUGGGCAUUCGAGAGAGCCGUAUCCGCAGCUUUGGUUCCAAUUAUUGGCGCUUCAUUCGUCACUUCCUCUCACCCAGUCUUGGAUGGUCUCAUCUGCUCUUCCUUAUUGGUCCACUCUCAUAUCGGAUUCGACGCCUCUUUGACUGAUUAUCUCCACGACAGAAAGUUCCCAAAGAUUGGCCCUGUCGCGAGAUGGUCCGUUAGAGCACUCACUAUCGGCACCGCCGUGGGUUUAUACAGCUUCCAGACUAAUGAUAUUGGCGUGACUGAGCUCGUUGCUAGAUUAUGGACUGCUUAA